CUGGGUAUUGAACUAACAUUGGAAAGUCCGCUGCUACAAAAUAGUAGAAAUAGAAGAGGUGCCAAGGGUCUUGAACCAAACCACUCACUCAAAAGUGACUGAGUCAAAGAGAUAGUGGAAAUGGAAGCUGAGGGUCAAUGGCAGAUUUCAGAGAGAGAGAUAUGCUGGUCAGUGGUGUUCAUUGCAACAUGCAGCAUCAUAAUAUUAUUAUAUGUGAAGCUGUGGUAUAGACCUCAAAGGAUCAGAUCAGUGCUUCAGAAACAAGGCAUCAAUGGACCAAAACCUUCUUUCCCCUUUGGCAACAUUUCUGAGAUGCAACAGCUACCCAAUCAAUUAGCUCCUGUUUCUCUUGAAGCCUUAGACGAAUGGGCUUAUUCCAUCUUCCCAUAUUUCCAUACAUGGAGGCAACUAUAUGGUCCAAUGUUCAUGUACUCCACUGGAACCAAUGAGCAUCUAUAUGUGGAGACACCCGAAUUAGUAAAAUGGAUAGGCAUGCACAAGUCCUUGCACCUAGGCCGGCCAUCGUAUCUAACCAAAACAUUGAAGCCUUUGCUGGGGAAUGGCAUCAUUAGGUCUAAUGGACUGCACUGGGCAUUCCAAAGGAAUCUACUUGCUCCUGAGUUUUUUCAUAGCAAAAUUAAGAAUUGGGUGGAUAUAAUGGAAGAAUCAACCAUGGCAAUUAACAAAAAAUGGGAGAACCAUAUAACAGAAAGUGAAGGGGGGAUUGCAGAGUUGGUAAUUGAUGGAGAUAUGAAGGCUCUUACUGCAGAUGUCAUUUCAAAGGCUUGUUUUGGUAGCACUUAUGCUCAAGGCAAUUUAAUUUUUGCAAAAUUGGCCUCUAUGCAAACAGCACUAGCAAAGCCUAAUCAUAUAUUUGGAUUUCUAAACCUAAGAUUUCUUCCCACCAAGGAAAACAAAGAGAUAUGGAAGUUGCAGAAAGAGGUGGAAGCUAUGAUACUAAAAAUGAUCAAAGAGCGUGAAGCAGAAAACCAAAAGAGUAGCACACAUGGGAAUCAAACUCAAAAAGAUCUAUUACAAAUAAUUCUAGAAGGUGCUACCAGUGCCACCAGUACUGAGAGUAGUGGAAAGGGUAUUUUUGGGCCUGGGUAUAACAUAUACCAGUCGAUUGUAGACAUCUGCAAAAACAUGUACUUUGCAGGCUCUGAGAGCACUGCUCUUGCAAUUACUUGGACACUGUUUCUAUUUGCAUUGCAUCCUGAGUGGCAACAACUUGUUAGAUCUGAGAUUAUGGAGACCUACGGUAACAUGUUGCCUCAUUCCUUUCGUGACAUGGACAGACUUCGAAACUUGAAAGCACUAACAAUGGUAAUUCAAGAGAGUCUACGUCUUUAUGGCCCUGCAGUUACAACCGCGAGGGGAGUGUUGGCUGAGAUGAAGUUAGGGGAACAUGUUCUGCCAAAAGGCAUCAACAUGUGGUUGUACAUACCAGCAUUGCACCGUGACCCUGAUAACUGGGGACCAGAUGCUAGGGAGUUCAAGCCAGAAAGGUUUGCUGGUGGUGUUUCUGCGGCCUGUAAGUAUCCCCAAGCUUAUAUACCAUUUGGCCUCGGGAGUCGAAUUUGCUUAGGCCAAAACUUUGCUCUGCUAGAAAUCAAGGAAGCACUGUGUCUUCUUCUCUCCAACUUCUCCUUUGCUGUUUCACCAAACUAUCACCAUUGCCCUCAGUAUAGAAUGUUGUUGACGCCAAAAUAUGGUAUGAGGCUUCUUGUUAGCAAAGUUCACAAAACCAGGACAUAAUUCAAGUUCAGUGUUAUGUUGUCCCAACAUGUAACUAAGACUAGCUAGUUUGUUUGCAACUUUGUUGGGUUGGAUGAAGCAUGAAUAAAAAACCUUUUAUGAUUUAAUAAUUUUUUCUUAAAGAAAAAA